AUGGCACGGCCCUCCGCCGCCCAUUGCUUGCGACACCGCUGGAUUGAGCGCUUGGCGGAGAAGGAGAGCGGGCCUGUGGAGAAGCUGCAGAUGGAUGGCUUGGCUGCCUUUGGUCGGAUGCAUAAGCUCAAGAAGGCAGUGGUCACUGUGAUUGCGACGCAGAUGUCAGAAGAGAGGAUCGAUCAACUACGCAGCAUGUUCAUGACCAUGGACCGAAAUGGGGAUGGUACCUUGACUGUUGCGGAGAUCAAGGAUGCCUUGGAUCAGGCACAUGUCGAGAUGCCGAGCAACAUUGAGCAACUGCUCUAUGAGGCAGACACCGACGGGUCGGGAGUGAUCGACUACACCGAAUUCUUGGCCGCGACGUUGGACAAGAAGGUUUAUGUUCAGGAGGAUAUCGUUUGGACGGCCUUCAAGAAGUUUGAUCUCGACAACAACGGCAGUAUCGAUCUGAAGGAGCUGAAGCAGAUCAUUGGUGAUGCCGACGUGGCUGAAGCCAUGAACCUGAAAGACAGCUCUGCUAUCAGCAACGUUUAUGCCAUCUUCGAGCAGGUGGAUCAAAACCACGAUGGCAAGAUCGACUUUGAGGAGUUCUUCCAGAUGAUGCGCGGUGCCGAGAACAGCUCCCAGGCAGUGGAUGGGCCCAAGAAAGGUAGCAGCACGCCCACCAUCCAAGAGCAACGGAUGAAACUUUCAGGUCUCCUGGAAGACUUGGACGAUGCAAGGGAGAUGUCCAAGCCGGUCUCCCCUUCCUCCGAGCUGAAGCUCUCAGCCAAGAUCAUCUACUGA